AUGAGGACUCGGCUACCUGGAACCUCAGAAGACGGCGAUACAUGUCCUGUCGAGGCUCCUGUUCCUAAUAAUGUCGACUUCCUACUACACCAACAACUCCAACAGGAGCAAGACGUGUACGCAAUCUCGACAACAAACGCGACAACAUCCCCGUCGAUAGCGCCCAUAGCACCCCUCCCUCGACCCCCGCGACCCUCGCAGUCCUCGGCCGCCGAACGAACCAGUCCCGAGUCGCCCUCUGUGCGCCAGUCCCCUACCAAGCGCGACCGUAACCCCGGCCCUUCCUUUAGCCCCGGCGCCGGCCCAUUGAAUCUCGAGCACCAGCCUCCUUCUCAACAGUCGCAAAACCAACAACACCAGCAGUCUUUCUACGCGCGAAGUAGGCGCUCCGGCAACUUCAAUUGGAAACUGUCACACUCUCGGAAUGGAUCAAUAGAGAAGCCUCCGCCUUCCUUCUUCUCUUCCUCCUUUUCCCACUCGCCCUCCACUCCACCGCUCUCCCUCGGAGCCCCUGCGAACGGGGCCGUCCAUUCGAAAGAGAUGGAAAAGGAACAGGAGCAAAAAUUUGUUGGCAAGCGACCGAGGAUACGAAGUCCAUGGGCCAUCACGUUCGUGACCCUGCUCACCUCUAUACUGGGCAUUGGCUUUUUGGCCCUCGUCGUAAAUUCUUCCUUCACGCGACACAUUGAUCCCAAGGGCUGUCGCAUGUCGUACAUGCGCCCUGGCUACGCAAAAUUUGACGAUUUUGAUACGGAGCAUACUCGUUUUGCAAGCAAAUACUCGUUAUACUUGUAUCGCGAACUGGGCAUCGAGAAUGAUGCAAAGGUUAAAGGUGUUCCCGUCCUCUUUAUCCCCGGAAACGCCGGUAGCUACAAGCAAGUUCGACCCAUCGCCGCCGAAGCCGCUAAUUACUUUCACGAUGUGUUGCAACAAGAUGAAUCCGCGAUCAAUGGUGGCGCUCGAAGUCUCGACUUCUUCACAGUCGACUUCAACGAGGAUAUCACUGCCUUCCAUGGCCAGACUCUGCUCGACCAAGCCGAAUACCUGAACGAAGCGAUACGCUACAUCCUUUCGCUUUACCUCGAUCGGACCCGCUCAGACCGAGAUCCCAAUCUGCCAGAUCCGACAUCAGUUAUAGUCUUGGGUCACUCGAUGGGAGGUGUUGUGGCCAGGACCAUGCUUAUCAUGCCCAAUUACCAAGCCAAUUCCAUCAACACCAUCAUUACCAUGUCCGCCCCGCAUGCUCGGCCCCCGGUUUCUUUCGACAGUGAGAUCGUCAAGACCUACAAGGAUAUCAACGACUACUGGAGGCACGCAUAUUCCCAACAAUGGGCCAACAAUAACCCUUUGUGGCACGUCACUCUGGUUUCUAUUGCGGGCGGUGGUUUGGAUACCGUUGUGCCAUCGGACUACGCCAGUGUCGAAUCUCUCGUCCCCGAUACGCAUGGCUUUACCGUGUUCACUACGAGCAUCCCGAACGUAUGGACGAGCAUGGACCAUGCGGCUAUCUUAUGGUGCGAUCAGUUCCGCAAGGCUUUGGUAAAGGGAAUCUUCGAUGUCGUGGACGUCAACAGAGCUACCCAGACAAAGCCAAGAGCCGACAGGAUGCGGGUCUUUAAGAAGUGGUUUCUUACAGGGAUGGAAGAGGUGGCGGAGAAGACCGUGCCGUCCAAGGAUCCUUCGACACUGCUUACUCUUGAGGACAACCUGAAUUCGGUGAUUGCGGAGGGGAACGCUUGGUAUUGA